UUCGUAUUUAUUCGUGUUAAUCAAAUCCCGCGGUGACCUGAGAACCCCAGUUCCCAAAAUGGAUCCAUAUUCGGGUUCCGGGUCGUGGCCAAUGAUCCCCACCAUGCCGACCCACACAAACUCCCCUGCACCCUCAAAUCAAGACCAUCUACUCCUCUCCCCACAACACCAUCAACAACAAUUCUACCAACAACCUCAAUUUCCUCAACAACAGCAGUUUCAACAACAACCGCAGCUUCAACAUCGUACGCUUCAACAGCAGCAACAGCAACCACAACAGAACCAGCAUCACCAGUCACUCGCCUCUCACUUCCAUCUCUUGCAUUUGGUGGAGAAUUUAGCCGACGCUAUUGAGGAUGGAACCAGGGACCAGCACUCAGAUGCUUUGGUUAGUGAGUUGAACAAUCACUUUGAGAAGUGUCAGCAACUAUUGAAUUCAAUAUCAGGAUCAAUCAGCAGUAAGGCAAUGACGGUUGAGGGGCAGAAGCGAAAGCUGGAGGAGAGUGAACAGCUGCUGAAUCAACGGAGGGAACUGAUUAGCAAGUAUAAGAACUCUGUCGAAGAGCUUAUCAAGUCUGAGCCUUAACUGUUUGUCUGCAUUCUGACAUUGGUUUUUAUUUCAGGUUGUAUUCCGCAGAAAUUCCUGUUCAAAGUGAAGGCAGGAGUUUCCAUAUUCGUAGAAUAAGAUUGUUUCUGUAACUAUUAGUUCACUGAGAAAAAUAAUUUAUCUUCUUGUUUUCAUCCCUUACAUUCAGAUUGUACAACAUUUCAAGUAAUGAGAUCAGCUUAUAGCCCUUUCUUUUAU